CCUCUCCUUUCUCCGUCCUAUCACUGCUUUUGUCUCUCUCAAUAUACCUAAGCCUCUCCUCUCUCCCUUUUCCUAUCAUUGCUUUUGUCUCGCCUGGCUCAGACGGAGCCUCUCUCUCAUCGGCGAUCUAUGUCCCUCCAGGUCUCUCCAUUCUUGUCUGGUUCAGUAUUCAAUGUUUUGUGUUCUAUAGAACAAGCUCCAUUCUUGUCUGUUCAGUAUUCGAUGUCUGGUGUUCUAUACAACAAGCUCCAUUCUUGUCUGUUCAAUAUUCCAUGUCUGGUGUUCUGUACAACAAUGAACAACUAAAUUCUACACAAUAUGUACACUCUUGA